GUGGUAAUGUGACCAAAUCCCAUGUAUGAUUCUUCUCAUGAGACUCCAUUUCGUCUCCCAUUGCUGCAUGUCAUUUCUCAUACUCGGGACAAGAAAUAGCUUCCAUGUAAGUGGAUGGUUCAUACGUAUCCACUUCCUCUGCAACCUGAAGUGCAUUACCCACCAUAUCAUCAAAACGAUAUCUUUCUGGUGGCCUGACAUCAACCCUUCUUGGUCGAUCCUUCGUGAUGCUACGCUUCGUAGCAUCAGGCGGUUGAGUCUCCGUAGACUCCAACUGAACUUCUUCUACACGCUCCUCUUGAUUUUCUGUGUGUUCAUGCACAUUGAUCACGUCAUGAUCAUCUCGCAGCUCCACCUGUUUAUCAGUGCUACCUUUCUCUGCUUCAGAACUGGACCAUGAGCUUCUAACCAUAGAUGCUUCAUCGAAAACAACAUUCCUGCUUAGAAUCACUCGGUUUUCUGAUGGAGACCAGACCCUGUAUCCCUUGAAUCCAUCGCCGUAGCCCAUAAAAACUCCCUUCCUUCCUCUUGGCUCUAGUUUACCUUCACUUACAUGAUAGUAAACAGUGCAACCGAACACUCUUAGAAGUGAAUAAUCAGCAGAUCUACCUGACCACACUUCAGAAGGUAUCCUGCACUCGAUGCCUGUGUGGGGACCGAGAUUUAUCAAGUAACAAGCCGUGUUGACUGCUUCAGCCCAAAACCGCUUCUCCAGACCAGCAUUCGAGAGCAUGCACCUUGCUCUCUCUAGCAAUGUCUGGUUCAUUCGUUCUGCUACACCAUUUUGUUGUGGUGUUUCUCUGACUGUAAGAUGCCUUGCAAUCCCCGCAUCCUUACAAAACUGAUUGAACUCUGCUGAGCAGAAUUCCAGACCGUUAUCAGUACGAAGUCGCUUCACCUUCUUCUCUGUUUGAUUCUCCACCAAUAUUUUCCACUCCUUGAAGCUACUGAACGCUUCACUUUUGUGUUUCAUAAAAAUUAUCCAAGUCUUCCUCGAAUAAUCAUCAAUCAUAGACACAAAAUAUCUGUGACCUUUCAAUGACUCUACUCUAGAUGGACCCCAACAGUCUGAAUAGAUGUAAUCGAGUGUGCCUUUUGUUCUAUGAAUUGCCUUGCGAAAGCUCUUUCGGUGCAGCUUCCCAAAUACGCAGUGCUCACAGAACUCUAGACUCUUGGUCUUGUGACCACAGAGAAGACCUUGCUUCGACAGAAGUUGCAUCCCACGUUCACCCAUAUGUCCAAGCCUCAUAUGCCACAACUUAGUCAUAUCUUCCUCUGAGAUCUCUGGUGAUGCAACAUAUGUUGAACCUGUAACGGUAGUACCCUUCAGCAAAUAUAGAGUACCUUUCAUGAAACCCUUCAGAACCACAUCAGAACCCUUGCAGACAUUCAGAACUCCAUCACCACCCGAAUAUUUGAACCCUCUACUGUCCAGAAGACUCAUGGAUAUCAAAUUCUUUGUCAUUGAUGGAACAUGCCUAACCUCGUUCAAUGUGCAGAAUCUACCAUCAUGUGUCCUGAGCUUAAUUGAGCUGAUUCCAGCAAUCUUGCAGACAAAAUCAUUUGCCAUCUUAAUCUUGCCGUCAAGUACCUCUGUGUACUUCGAAAACCACUCUCUCCUCUGUGUCAUAUGGUAGGAUGCUCCUGUAUCCAGAACCCACACAUCAGAAGAGUGUGUGUGUCCGUGCACAACAAGAGCGAUGUCACUAUCAGACUUGGCUUCAUCCUCAGCUACUGCAGCAGAUCCAGACUGUUGCUCCUUCUUCUUCUUGGGACAGUCUGACUUCCAAUGUCCCUUCUCUUUGCAAUAGUUGCAAGUAUCAGUUGGUUUAGGACCUCUUGGAAACGAUUUUCUGUCUUUCGACUUCCUUUUGUUCCCAUGUCCCUUCACACCACCGACAAACAAUCCCGAAGCUUGAUUGUCUGUCCCUGAGCUGGAUGCCUUAUGACGUAAUUCCCGACUGUGAAGCGCCGACCUAACUUCUUCCAGUCUCACUGUAUCUUUGCCAACAAUGAACGAUUGCACGAAGUUCUCGAAAGAGUUCGGCAAAGAUACCAACAUGAUUAGAGCAGCGUCUUCAUCCUCCACCUUAACAUCGAUGUUACGCAGCUCCAGUAAUAUCGAAUUUAACUUGUCAAGAUGGUCGCGAAGCUCAAUACCUUCUUGCAUACGCAAGGCAAAGAGGCGUUGCUUCAGAAGUAGCUUGUUCGUUAGAGAUUUUGUCAUGUACAAGCUCUCCAACUUCUGCCACAAACUAGAAGCAGUUUUCUCAUCCGACACUUCGAUGAUGAUCUCGUUGCUAGACACAACAAAAUUGUUGAGAACGCCUUCUCUUCUAGAGUCUCCAAAUCAGCUGCUUCAGAUUUCUUCUCUGACAAUGGUCCCCAAAUGCCUUGUUGCUUCAACAACGCCUGCAUCUUAAUCUGCCAAAGACUGAAGAAGCUAUUUCUCCCAUCAAACUUGUCGAUCUUCGCUCUUAUUCCAGACAUCUUCUCACUAGAUCACAACCCGAAGCUCUGAUACCAGUUUGUUGUAACAAUUGUGAGAAGAAAUAGAUGCGGAAACAGAUGAAUAAAAAUGAUGUAACAACGACACAGAGAUUUAACGUGGUUCACCAACUUGGCUACGUCCACGGGCAAAGAGAGAUCUUAUUAUUGGAGGCGAUAUUGAGUUUACAGAGUGCAAGUUUAGGGUUACUUCGAAUACAAGAUAUAUAUAGUAACAUCUCGCAUCUAAAGCCCACGAUCAGAUGUAACAUCCAUAAUAACUUGAUGCAACGCUCUUGAUGCAACCGAGUCGGUAUGAUGUAUGUGAUGUAACAUCCAUCGCCUAGAUGUAUCAUCCAGAUUCAAGGCAUAUCAACAACUGGAACGAAGACUUCGUCAAGAAGACACUGUUUAUGAUAUACAUUGGUGCUAACGAUUACUUGAACUUCACCAAGAACAACCCUAUCGCCGAUGCAUCUGCCCAACAAGCUUUUGUCACUUCCGUGACCAACAAGUUAAAGAACGAUAUUAGCUUAUUGUAUGCAUCAGGAGCUAGUAAGUUCGUUAUCCAAACCCUAGCACCAUUGGGUUGCUUACCAAUCGUCAGACAAGAUUACAACACCGGGAUGGACCAAUGCCAUGAAACUCUUAACAAUUUUGCUAAACAACACAACGAAAAAAUCGGACCCAUGUUGAACGAAAUGGCUAGAACUGCUCCUGGUUUCCAGUUCACAGUCUUUGACUUCUACAAUGUUAUUCUUCGUAGGACGCAGAGGAGCUUAAACUACAGAUUUUUGGUAACGUACUCAUCGUGCUGCGGAGUUGGGACACACAAUGCUUACGGUUGCGGUUUCCCCAACGUGUACUCGAAACUAUGCGAGUACCAACGAUCUUAUUUAUUCUUCGAUGGGCGUCACAAUACAGAGAAGGCACAAGAAAGUUUUGGUCAUCUUCUUUUUGGAGCCGAUCCAAAUGUUAUCCAACCGAUGAUUAACGUCCGUGAGCUCGUUACUUACCCAGUCGAUGAACCAAUGCGUGAGUUUUGGUUACCUACAACUUCGUCCGCGAGUGACUCUACCUCGUCAUCAAGCCACGGUUACGAGUUCUACUGAGUCUAUAUAUAAAUCUCUUAUUUCACAAAAUUCGGAAUCUUAAUGUUUUUAGUGACUUUAGCUCGUCAUCCUGCUCGAGUGUGUUUCCCUCUGUAAUAAAAGAUUGUAGUUAUUAUUGGAAUUGAACUAAAUUUAAAGCUAUCAAAAAUUCAAAACCAAUA